AUGGGUCGCAAAGUCGCAGAGGCAAGCGCACAGAAUGAUAUCGAAGACGGUGACUCAAAAGUCGUCGACGAGAUCGAAAGCUUAUGCAUGAAUUGCAAGGACGACGGCAUAACACGGCUUCUGCUCACAAAAAUUCCCUUCUUCCGCGAGAUCAUAAUAAUGUCGUUCCACUGCGACCACUGCCACUUUCAAAACACUGAAGUACAAUUUGCCGGACAAAUACAACAGCGCGGCGCAAAGAUCACACUAAAGGCCGACCGCCCGGAAGACCUGAAUAGACAAAUAGUGAAGAGCGACACAUGUAUUCUUCGAGUAGAGGACAUGGAUCUGGAGAUUCCGCCAGGCAGGGGUCAACUCACCAAUAUAGAAGGCAUACUCAGCAUGAUAUCGACGGAUCUUGGGGACAAGCAGGAAGAGCGCCGAGCACAGAUACCAGAAGUCUUUGAGAGGAUCCAGACCAUAAUACGGCAACUAGACGACAUGUCAAGCGGCAAGCAUUUCCCCUUUACAAUCUCCGUCGACGAUCCCGCCGGCAACUCAUACAUCGAGCCCUCGACCUCCGACACAGCCGGCAAAUUCCACCGCCGCGAAUUCGACCGCACACCAGAGCAAAACGCCGCCCUAGGCCUCACAGAUACCGCCGAACCCAGCACAACCACAGCCACCGAAACAAACGGCGCACCCCCGACGGAGAUCCGCCCCGAAUACCACGCAAACCAGAUGUACCCAGCCAUGCCCACAGACGGCACAACCGCACCCGCCAACGUCGACGACGCCGAAAUCGUCGAAGGCGAAGUCUACUCCUUCCCCUCCACCUGCCCAGGCUGCACCCGGCCCUGCGCCACAAACAUGAAAAUGGUCAACAUCCCGCACUUCAAACAGGUCGUCCUCAUGAGCACCGUCUGCCAGUCCUGCGGCUACCGCAGCAACGAAGUCAAGACCGGCGGCGAAGUACCCCCUCUCGGCCGCCGCAUCACCCUCCACGUGCGCUCAAAGGAAGACCUGUCCCGCGACAUCCUCAAGGCCGAGAGCUGCGCCCUCUCCUGCCCAGAGCUAUCACUACAAGUCGAACCCGGCACACUAGGCGGCCGCUUCACGACCAUCGAGGGCCUACUAACACAAGUGCGCGACGACCUCCGCGCAUCCAUCUUCUCGGACGGCGGCGGCGGCGGCGGCGACAGCAUGGCCGGCCCGGAAAAGGAGAAAUGGGACGGCUUCUUCGCGAAACUGUCCGCUGCUAUCAAUGGCGAGCAGCCGUUUGAGAUUAUCCUCGAGGAUCCCCUCGCGAGCAGCUAUCUGCAGAGUCUGGCGGAUGAUGGGAUGCCGGAUGCGCAGAUGACGGUGGAGGACUACGAGCGUACGGACGAGGAGCUGGAGCAUCUUGGCUUGAAUGAUAUCAAGACUGAGGGGUAUGAGGGGGAGGAGGUGCAGGAGGUGCAGGAGGCGCAGGAGGUGCAGAAUGAUGAUGAGAAUGAUACCCCAAAAGUAGAAACGAACGGUGUAAAUGGGACGUCGUGA